AUGUCUCCAAGCCUUCGUCCAACGACAGCUGCCAUCCCUAUCCCCGUUGCCGAUGAACGUAGCUGGAACGAGCUGAAUCCGCUGGAAAGAUGGAAAAACUCUCCACCGGAAAAUGAGCCAGCGAGAAUGUCUGAUAUCGCCCACGCAUUGGCCACUUCUCCUUCACCAUUAGAACGCUACAAGAAGCGCAAGACCUCUAGCAAUGGCUCGAAGACAUCGAACGCCAGACCUCAGUCUGUCACCUCUUGCGAGACGGGCCGCACCUCAUCACUAUCCGCAUCCAGUGCAGCAUUCUCCAACGGCUCACGACGUCGCAGGCCGAUGGUCCCCAAGGCACUCGAUCGCAAGCCCGCAGACGACAAGAAGCGGAUCUUUCAAUGCACGUUUUGCACUGAUACGUUCAAGUCGAAAUACGACUGGACGAGGCAUGAGAAGUCGCUGCAUUUGUCUCUGGAGAAGUGGAUCUGCGCGCCUCUCGGUCCGGUCAUUACCGAUCAGGAGACUGGAAUGAAGAAGUGCGUUUACUGCGAUCUUCACAACCCUUCGAGUGAUCACAUCGAGUCGCACAAUCACCGACAAUGCGAGGAUAAGGGUCUGGAUGCCAGGACGUUUUACCGGAAAGACCACUUGCGACAACAUCUACGGCUCAUGCACGCUUGCGAAAUGGUUCCCUCCACCGAAAGCUGGAAGUCCAUGGCUCAGAACAUCAACAGUCGAUGUGGAUUCUGCGCUCAACGAUUCUCCGUCUGGCAGGAGCGGGUUGACCACCUCACAGCACACUUCAAAGCGGGUGUCCGCAUGGUGGCGUGGAAAGGCUGCAGAGGGUUGGAUCCCGCUGUCGCAGCUCAAGUCACCAACGCCAUGCCGCCAUAUCUCAUCGGCAUGGAAGCCGUGACACCAAAUCCCUUCUCGGCAACGAAUCGAGCAUCAUGGCGUUUGCCGGAAGAGGUCAACGGAUGUCAAGAGGGCGCGAUAGAUUCCACGGCUGUGCCAACUAGCGGAACGGAUUCCAAGUCCACAUGCUGGGAGAUUUUGACCAUCCGGCUCGGUCAAUUCGCCAAGGAACAGGCCGAUCAAGGUCUACCCAUCACAGAUGAUCUUCUCCAGCGUCAAGCUCGAAGGAUCCUCUACGAUGGCGACGACGAUGCUUGGAACCAGACCUCAGCAGACAAUCCCGAAUGGCUAGCUCUGUUCAAGAAAGCCCACGGUCUAGACCUCAUUCCCAGU